AGACGAUACCCACCAUCAUCGGAGCUUUUUAUAAGAAGGGCGGCUUCCCUUUUCCCUCAGCGAAGAAGAAGCUAUCGGGUCGCUAGGGUUUCGUAAACGUUGGAAUCCCCUCUGUCUUCUUCUGAAAUGGCGACGGAAAACAAGCCCGCGGCAGCUGAGGACGCGAAGAUCGACCUUUUUGAGGAUGAUGACGAGUUCGAGGAGUUCGAGAUCGACCAAGUUCAAGUGAUUGAAAAGGCAGGCAGGAUUUUCUGUACCACAGAUAUUGGGUGUUCAGAAUGGGAUGACAAUGAAGAAGGUAAAGAAGCCAUGCAGCAGUGGGAGGAUGAUUGGGAUGAUGAUGAUGUCAGUGAUGAUUUCUCCCUACAGCUGAGGAGGGAGCUCGAGCUUAACUCGGAGAAGAGUUAAAUUCUUACCAUGUUUAGUGGGAAACAGUUAUUCUGCUCAAUCUUGCAGUAGUCCUUUCUUCCUUUUAGUUGGACGUUAAAGAAUGUAGUUCUCUGGCUUUCAAUACUUGAUCAUUGCGAAAAACAUAUUUUAAUAUGAUUAGUAUUGUUGCCUUAAUGUGAACACUGUUUUUUCUAGUAGUCUUACUGUUUGAACUUUUUGUUA